AUGUCUCCAAGGCCUACUACGCCGAUUCUGCACCAGCCAGGCUGGAGCAGCCUGGCAAGGCCCAGAAGCAGUAGCGAGCAAUCUCGACCGCGUCAGAGCAUCACAAUCGAAGAGCCGGAACGAACUCGAACGGCGACGAGCCAUUCUUCGCUCGCAUCAGCAGCCACGAACGCAUCCACCUCACCCUCACGCUCGGCCAUUGUUGGAGACGGAACGUACGGCGGACGACGAGGCGGACCGUCGAUGAGCAAGAGCCGCACCAGCAGCUCGGGCGGCUUGAGCGAUGUCAGAGCUGGAUACGAACGCAGAGUAGGCUUUGACACCAUGCCCGAUGCCGACGAGACCAACUCGGGUGCCUUUAGCUUUACGCUCCAAGUCAAAUCUCGCGGCUUUAUGCGAACCAAAAACACACGAACGUUCAUGGUCGCCGUGGAUGACAACCCCUACUCAGAACAUGCGCUUGAGUGGCUCAUGGAAAAUCUGGUGGAAGAUGGAGAUGAAGUAGUCGCUGUGCGCAUUCUUGACGAAGAAGCCGACCAGAUCGAUCAGGAAGACGCCAGGGAGGAAGCACGCGAACUCAUGGCUUCCAUCGUCGAUCUUAACGAGGAAGCCGAAGACCGCCGGAUCUCGAUGGUAGUCGAAUUUGUCGCCGGAAAAGUUGUCUCCACCAUUCUCGACAUCAUCCACGUCUAUCGUCCCGACAGUCUGACGGUAGGCACCCGAGGCAGAUCAGCAAAUAAAUUCCAAAAGAUGCUCGGACAGCACAUCAUGGGUCACGUCAGCCGAGAUAUUCUCUCUUCAUCACCUGUUCCCGUCGUGGUCGUUCGUCCCGAAGCCAAAGUUCAAAAGCAUCUCAAGAAGCGCCUCAACGAUCCUAAGCGUAGAGGUUACCACAAUCUGCUUAAAGGCGCUGGCGAUCUGCCUAUGAGCAUCACCAAGAGCAAGCGCCGUUCGCUCCAGGUUCACAACACAAGCUAA